AUGCCGGCCCUGACUACAGAUUACCUAGAAAGGGUUUAUGCAGGCGUAUUAGGCAAGCUGGUCGGCGUUUACCUAGGCCGACCUUUCGAAGGAUGGCAUUACAAUCGCAUCCUUAAGGAGCUUGGGCCGAUCCGGUACUACGUGCACCAGAAACUGGACAUGCCUUUGGUGGUGACAGAUGAUGAUGUGUCCGGCACCUUCGUGUUUUUGCGGGCAUUGGAAGAGCACGGAGUAUCCCCCGAUCUGUCCUCAGAGGCGAUCGGGAAGACUUGGCUCAACAACGUUAUCGAAAACCGCUCUGUAUUCUGGUGGGGAGGCAAUGGUAUCUCGACCGAACACACUGCGUAUCGCAAUCUCAAACAUGGAAUUCCAGCCCCAUUGAGUGGCGCCAUCAAAACAAACGGUUCCGCCGUCGCAGAGCAGAUAGGCGCCCAGAUCUUUAUCGACGGCUGGGCGUUAGUGGCACCAGGUAAUCCGACGUUGGCUGCAAGACUUGCAGAUGCUGCGGGUUCUGUGAGCCAUGACGGUGAAUCGGUUUACGCAGCCAAAUUAUGGGCCGCUAUGGAAGCUGAGGCGUUUGUCUCUAAAGAUGUAAAUCAUUUGUUGGAAGUAGGCCUCAGCUUUGUGCCUACUGAUUCGCUCAUUGCGCGGUUAAUCAGCGAUAUUAAGACUUGGGUGAAGGUGGAUGACGACUGGGAGAAAACCCGGCAGAGAAUCGAGGAUGUUUACGGCUACGACAAGUUCCCUGGCAUGUGCCAUGUUAUCCCAAACCACGGAUUGAUGAUUAUGGCACUUUUAUACGCCGGCGACAACUUCCACAAGGCCAUGUAUAUCAUCAAUACCGCUGGCUGGGAUACCGACUGCAAUUCAGGAAACGUUGGGUGCCUCGUGGCUAUUAUGCAUGGCCUAGCUGCCUUUGAGGGAGGACCUGACUGGCUUUGGCCGUUGGCGGAUCGUGCGAUCAUCUCUAGCGCCGAUGGAGGCUAUUCGAUAAAUAAUGCAGCUCGCAUUGCAUACGACGUGGCCAACCUGGGACGCAAACUUGCCGGCCAAGCACCGCUGUCUGCCCCAAAAGAUGGCGCCCAGUUCCAUUUCACUCUUCCCGGGAGUGUUCAGGGCUUUCAGGCGACUCGCAAUGAUUCUCUCCCAGAUCUAGUCAAGGUCAAGCAAGCAGUCGAUGACAAGAACCGCCCCGGACUUGCCGUUCACUUGAACGGAGUUACAAACGCUGUCGAGCCUGUUGAAAUCCUUACCCAGACAUUUUCCCCACCAGAGGUGGUCAAAAUGAAGAAUUAUGAUUUGAUGGCAUCGCCGUUGCUAUAUCCCGGACAACACCUGAAAGCUGUGGUGCGAGCCGAGGAAACCAAUACUCUACCAGUCGAGUCUCGGCUGAGGCUUAAGGUCUAUGGCUCGAAUGACAACUUAGGUACCGUUGACGGACCUUUGGUGACGGUCAAGCCCGGCCAGGAGGUGAUACUUGAGUGGAGGAUCCCAGAUAUUCUAGACAGUCAACCCAUCCAGCAAGUCGGACUAGCUCUUUCGGUUCCCGAUGGGCGCCUGGACGGCCUGGUGUGGUUGGAUAGCUUGAACUGGAGUGGAACACCGUGCCUGUCGCUAAGAAGACCAUCAAACACGCCAGGGGAGUUCUGGAAACGAGCGUGGGUCAAUGGUGCAAACAACUUCUUCACCCAUCAUCCUUCAGACCCAUUUUACAUUGCACAGGAUCGCGGCGAGGGAAUAAUCCUCUACGGAACCCGAGAUUGGACAGACUACCAAGUUAUUUCCGGGCUUACGAUUCGCCUUGGGGGACCUGCCGGUAUUGUCUUUCGGGCGCGAGGACUCAAUCGCUACUACGCCCUAUUGUUGCUGGAAGGGAAUUGCGUAGCAUUGGUCAAGGCACGGGAUGAAAAGAAAAUCGAGCUUUCAAGAGCAGCAUUUGAUUGGAAGCUUGAUACACAAUAUGAGGUUACUGUGGCUGUGGAAGGCAGUACCAUCAAAACUUCUAUUGGUGGCGGACCAAGCUUAGAAGCAACGGAUGAUGACUACCGUGCUGGUGGAAUAGGUCUAAUCGUCUCGGAUGGUGCUGUCUCUGCAAACCAGUUUGAUGUCGCGCCACUCAAAUAG